AUGGCUCCAGUUUACAACACUUCACUUCGUCAUAGACAAGUCAUCCUCCCACCCACUGACAAAGGUCCUGUAUACGGCGAUGACUCUUCUUAUGGACUCAGGGCACUCAUUGUGCUGUUCAUUGCCUUCUUUUUAACCUUCGUUGUUACCGUGCUCUCUUGGAAAUUGGGUACAUUCUUGCGCUCAUUCAGCCGACACAAGGUGGUUAGUGGUGGGAAAAAUGCAGAAACCCAAUAUGCAAAGACAUGGUAUGGAUGGAUACCCAUGGAAAAAUACAAGCACCAUCAGCAGCGGCGGCGUGGGUAUCUGAAAAAGCUUCAAGAUUUAACGACCUGGAGAACGAGCCAUGCUGAUUACAGUUGGGUUUGGUGGGAUCCAGAUGGCAGAAAGGCAAAACAGCGAAUGCAAGAGCAAAGGCCAUUGCGCUGGCUUCAAAAACCGAUUUCACACUUGCCCCUUGGCCAGGUGUAUUUUCCAUCAAAUGAGCCCAUUGGUAACCAGCGCUAUGUGCCGCCCCAAGUUGAGAACGCGGCAGAUAUCCCUUUGAGAGCUCCAGAACCUGCUGUGAUAAGACCAAAGGUAUCAAUGACAACAACGGGUGCUAUGCCAUUGAACGACGCCCGUAAUGUUGAAACACCAGUUCGAUCAGGUGACGGUGACAAAUACUAUCAUUUCCACGUUGACGGAGCGCCUUGCGGUAUAACAACGUUUGAAAUUGCGGAAGAUCAGUCAGAGCCAUGCCGAUCCUUCCCCUCAGCAAAUACCAAACGGUCUGCGUCUCUUCCUGUUCUAGAAUCUCCGCUUAUGAUAAGAGAAAGUGAGGCGGUGCAUUUGGCUAGGAGAUGUGCAUCGGACGCGCCCCUUGGGAAGAACCACAAGCCUGAUCUGUUUAUUAGCUACAGUGGGCCGGCAUUUGGUCCAAGGCAGGGUAUCCAUUCCUCCGAGGAAAGCUUGCCCGCAAUUGGACCAGACAAAAAUUUAUCAUGGAGAUAUAAAGCGUGGGGUGCAAGAAUGCAACGAAUCGCAUUUCCUGGAACACGGGCCGAUCUGCGCGGUUUGGCUGGUCGGCCUGGAACCCCUUUACCAGAAGCCUUGAAAAGUAUGAUCUCAACAAGAGUCGACUCUGAAGGCUACAAGUCGUAUACAGAGCAUAUUCCUAGGCGAGCCGCUUCAGAAUCAUCCCUAUCUGGCUUCUAUCCUCAAGCAGGCCACCACCUUGUGGGCUCUGAGAGAUACACGUCCAGACUGACGAUAAAUUCUGUCCGAAAUCAACAUCCACCGUUCCAUAUUCAUAAGAGGGUAAAUCAUCGCUUCGGUCAAUAUCCUGCGGAACCAGGACCAUCGCAAAAUAAGUACUUUAUUCCCAGUUUACCUCAACGACGUAUCAGCAAUCCCGAAGUCCGCCUAAUCGACGAUCUUGAGCGCAAGCUUGAAUGGCUUUCCAGUGAGGUAGAACCUGGUCGCAAGCCACAGCAAUUCUCCCUAGUUCAUAACCACUGGUUGAAUAAAAGUACAUGGGUGGUUAUCGACCCACCUACUCGAGUUUCGUCAACUGCAAGGAGACUAUGUGGCGACCAAAAUCCAGAAGUUCCAAAAGACCGUGGAAAAGCGGCGUGUCCUGCCAUAAAAAAGAAAAGAGCACGCACUCCGAGAGUGGACUCCUGGAGGUUAGCGGUGAAUGGAGCUCGAAAAUCCGCUGGCGUUCAAGAAUUUCUGAGGGCAAUAGAAUUAUUUGACGGAUCUGCUGACGAGCCACCGGAGGGGACAAUAGACACUGCAACCUGGAUUCUCAAAAAGCCACCCCAGGGGUUUGAGAUGUCAACAAAACAAAAGAAUGCGUACUUCGAAGGCUGUGGUGGAUGGUAUGAGAAGCUAGAAUUUUGGCAGAACGUUCCAAGAGCUUAUCGAGCGCGAAAGGUCAUCUGUGAGGGGAAAGCAAAUAGAAGGAGAGUGGUAGAGGUUGCGAAAGCGCUCACAAAAGGCUGCAAGAGAGCUUCCAGCAAAGUCAAACGUCGUGGGUCUCGGCACACCAGCAAUAAACGAGUCAGAAAACAAAGCAGAAAAAUCGCAAAGUCAACUUGGUCGCGAAGGAAUCAAACAUACCAGAGAGCAGCUCCAGAUGGCGGCCCUACAGCAUCGAUGGACCACCCCCAGGAAAGUUUAUCUUUGGAUCUUCCUGGAAGCCAUUUGGAUCGCGCUUUCGCGGCCAAUGCACAGGCAAUCACGGAUUCAGAGGACUCAUCGACAGCGACAGAAUUCGUUAUUUGA